AGGCCCGGCGCCGCAGUCGCCCCUGCGACCCUUUAAAGCCGGCGCGCGCGCCCGCCGCGCGUCGGCAGCAUGGCGGCGGCGUUCGGCACGCCCUCAGACGCCCAGGUGCUGUGGGCUGCCGCGCCGCCGAGCACUGCAGAGGCUGGGGCGGCGCUGUGCGCGCAGGUGCAGGCGCUGGCGCUGGAGGUCGCGAAGGUGGGGCCCCUCGUGCUCGAGGUAGCCGCAGCGCGCGCGCAGCUCGCGUUGCUGGCGCAGUUGCUCGCGGCGGUGGUGCGCGGCGGCCCCGAGGCGACCAGCGCCUUGUUGCCCCAACUCGACGCGGUCGCCCUGGCCGCCGCCGCCGGCGCCGCCGGAGCCAACGCCAGCGCCGGCUGGCUGCCACAGCCCGAGGAGCCGACGCCCACCUCUGGUGGCGCCAACGCCGCCUGGCGGCCCCCCAGCGAAGGCGCCUUCCGGCACACCCUCGGCCGCGGCGCCGCCGCGCCAGCCUCGGCGGCGCCCCCGAGCGGCGCCCAGGGCGCGCACCGCAGGCCCUCCGACGGCGCCGCCUCUUGGCAGGCCCCCGACCCGGGCGCCAGCGCGCGCGCGGACGUGCGCGCUGGCGCGGUGAGCUCCGCCUGGCACGGCCAGGGCCCGCCGCUCGAGCCAGGCGCAGCGGGCGCCAGCCCCACGACCGGCGCGGCCGGGCAGCACGCCGACGCUCUGCCCGAGACCUUCCGCCCCGCCUGGGAGCCCGCCGCGGCUUCGUCGGCCGCCUCCAUGCGGCAGGCGCCGCGCUCGCGGGGAAGUGCGUCCUCCACCGCCUCGGGCUGGACCCUGUCGGGCGGCGACCAGGUGCACGAGGCCGAUGCAGCACCCGCGGUGCGUAGCGCGGCUUCGCCGUCGCUGGACGCGCUCCGUGCCCACGGCGCCUCUCGGUCGCGCGGCACCUCGACCGCGUCGGGCGGCACGGCGGGCGCCGACCAGCUAGCCGAGGUGCGCGGCGGGGCUUGCUGCGAGGAGCCAGCCGGCGCCGCCAAGGCGGGCCUCGACAGGCGCUUGGCCGCCCUUGUCUCGAUGGCCCGGUCAGGCACGCCGCAGGAGAAGGCCCGGGCAGCCUCAGACCUGGCGGCCCUGGCGUCGGACGGCACCGCGUGCAGGGUCGCCGUCGCGGUCUCCGGCGGCAUCCCCCCGCUCGUGCGGCUGCUUGACGAGGGCACGCCCGAAGCCCGGUGGAGCGCUGCGCGGGCUCUCACGAAUUUGUCGGCCAACAACUUGGGCAACCAGGCGGCCAUAGCAGAGGCCGGCGGGGUCCCCGCGCUCAUCCGGCUGCUGGACGGGGGGGCCGCAGAGGCGAGGAGGAGCGCCGCGGCCGCCCUCGCGAACCUCGUGGCCGGCGACAGCGGCUGCCGCACGCAGGUUGGCGAGGAGGGCGGCGUUGGUCCGCUGGUGGCGCUGCUGCUGCAGGAGGACCGGCCCGCGGGGGCGCACGCGGAGGCCGCGCGGGCCCUCGCGAGCUUGGCGGAGGGCUCGGCCACCAACAAGGCCGCCAUCGCGCGCGCCGGGGCGAUCGCCCCGCUGGUGCGGCUGGUGGAGCAGGGGUCUGCCGAGGGCCGGCUCGAGGCAGCCCGCGCGCUGAACAACCUUCUCUGACGCGGCUGCCGGCAUUGGUAGUGUGCCUGGUGGGCCCCGAGAGAAUACGCCUCUUCAGUCAGACCUUCAGGAGUGACGAACAUGCGCUGUUGUUGUCAAAGUUUGCGGCGGUCGUUGGUUGUCGAGCCC